GCACCGGGGGCUUCUGGGGAAGCCCUGGGCACCUGCGCGGCUCUGGGCGGUGUGGCCUGGGGGCGGGACCGGCGUUUCGCGCUGCAGGGCUCCUGCCGAUUCGGCGCUCGAGGCGCUGGCCGGAGAGGACGCGCUCCUCGGAGCAGCGCCGGCCGCCCGCGGCUCCUGGCUCUCCCGGUCUCCCGGCAGCACCGCCGAGCCCGCCACCCUCUCCGGGCUUCUGGGGCCCGUCCCCGUUUCCCACGUCCUGCCGAGCGACCCUGGUGAGUCCGGGCCCUCCCUGAGGACACCUCCGCGGUCACUGGAGGAUGAGGCAGAAGGCUCGUGAAGAGAAGCGUAAAUGAAGUGCUUGUGGUAGUGGAGAAGAAUUGGAAACCGCCCGCAUGCACCGCACCACUCGGGUUGGUCGAGAAACCGAAGUAUCCCCCUGCCGCGGAAGCUUAUAGGUUCAUUUACGAAGAAACGUUGCUAGGCAAGUGUGUUCUGAUGCCAACCCAGCUGUCACAGAGAAUCCCUCUGGGAGACUGAAAGUCUCAGCUCUGGAGCCUCAAGCUAAGGCUGAUCAACCCUGAGCCUUAGGCCAGGGACAUGGCAUCCCUCCAGGAGCUCGAAGAGCCUGCUCCUGGGGAGGAGGAAGGACUUAUGAUUGUGAAGGUGGAAGACUGCUCCUGGGAACAGAAGCCUGCCCAGCCAGUGGACAGCAGGGAUUUGGAAGCCUGCCGCCAGCGGUUCCGGCAGUUCUGCUACAGAGAUGCAGAUGGACCACACGAAGCCUUCAGCCAGCUGUGGGAGCUCUGUUGCCGCUGGCUGCGGCCCGAGCUGCACAGCAAGGAGCAGAUCCUGGAGCUGCUGGUCCUGGAGCAGUUCCUGGCUGUGCUGCCAGGGGAGAUGCAAGCUCAGGUGCAGAGACAGCACCUUGGGAGCGGUGAGGAAGCUGUUGCUUUGGUGGAGGACAUACAGAAGCAGUCAUUGAGAGCCUGGCCACAGGGUAAGGUCUCAGAGGAGGAGCCUAAGGCAGCAGUCCAGGGACUCCAAGCCACAGGGUCUCCCCAGGAGGCAGGGGUGCAGAAGCAGCUACGUGCACCCCAAGAGCAGCACAGCCAUGCCCAGCUCCCUGUUCUUACAGAGCGACGCACAGGAGAGAUGUUGGAUGUCUGCUUUGCCUCUGCGGUUGAUCUGCCUGGGAGACCUGAGCUGGCUCAUAUCUCCCCAUUCCAAAAACCUGUGGCAUUGGGAGACAUCCCUUUCUAUCUUUCCCGAGAAGAAUGGAGCUCCCUGGACCCUGCCCAGAGGGACCUCUUCUGGGACAUCAAGAGAGAGAACUCCCGGCAGGCUGCCCUCGGUUUGAGACCCAAAAGCCAAAAGCCCCCUGCAGAGGAGACAUUGCUGGGACAGACAGAAGUACCUAUGUCCUGGAAUCCUGAGGAGGCGGAGGCCGAGGUCUGGGAGGGUGAGAACCCAACGAGGACAGCCCUGGACCAGCUGGUAGCGCGGCGGGGGCGGCCGCCCACGCGCAAGCGCCAGCUUCGGAACUUAGUGACCGAGAAGCCCCACAGCUGCGCGCAGUGUGGGAAGCGCUUCCGCUGGGGUUCAGACUUAGCCCGGCACCAGCGCACGCACACGGGAGAGAAGCCACACAAGUGCCCCGAAUGCGACAAGAGCUUCCGCAGCUCUUCUGACCUGGUGCGCCACCAGGGCGUGCACACUGGCGAGAAGCCCUUCUCCUGUUCUGAAUGUGGCAAGAGCUUCAGCCGAAGCGCCUACUUGGCUGACCACCAGCGCAUCCACACAGGGGAGAAGCCCUUCAGCUGCAGCCAGUGCGGCAAGAGCUUCUCGCUGCGCUCCUACCUGCUAGACCACAGGCGUGUGCACACGGGCGAGCGGCCAUUCGGCUGUGGGGAGUGUGACAAGAGCUUCAAGCAGCGUGCACACCUCAUUGCGCACCAGAGCCUGCACGCAAAGAUGGCCCAACCUGUAGGGUGAGCUGAUGGUGGGACCUAAGCACCCCGGCCCCCAGCGGGACACUUCCUGUGACUCUCACAGAAUCUCUUCUUCCCCCUUGGGGAAUUCUCCACUCACCUGUGACCACUGCCAGCCUGUCAGAGGGACGCAAGGCUCCCUUUACUCUGAACAGGCCUGCCUGUUCCCAGGAUCCUGCCACCGUGUCUCUCCCUGUCCUGCUCUGGGUUUCUUUUGCAUUUGUUUUUUGUUUUUGUUUUUGUUUUUUUGAGACAGGGUUUCUCUGUGUAGCCCUGGCUGUCCUGGAACUCACUCUAGACCAGGCUGGCCUUGAACUCAGAAAUCCACCUGCCUCUGCCUCCCAAGCCAGUUGAGGAUCAAGUGGGCUGAGGGCUCAGGCAGGGCCUAGGGUUUUCCAAGCCCUCCAGCCUUGCUUGGGCGGAGGCUCUUUGUUUCCUUCUUUCUUAUGUGCACCCACCAGCCUGGCCAGUCUACUUGUGCCUUACAGUGGAGACUGGCUUCCAUGGGGGGGGGAGAGGGAGGGAGAGGGGCUGCUGCGUUCUGGCCUUGGGAAGGACCAUGGCCCACGCCAAUGGGGAUUUAGGUCCUGGGUUCCCUCAGGGCGGCUUCUUGGCCUUCACUGUUCCUCCACACCCCUCAUACUGCCAACCUUGACCACUCUGCCAUGCCUUGACCCCAGGAAGCCACUUACUUGUCCUGCUCUGAGCCCCGAGAUACACUGCAGGCCUGAGGUCAGUGGAGGGGUGGCUGUAGCAGCAGGCUGACUGGAGAACACGCGGUCCUCCAGACAGUGGCUUUUGUUGUACUUAACACUAGCACUCCAUCAGCACUUUGUAUCUGACUCCUCAAGCACUGUAUUUCCAUGUUUUUUAUCUGCAUUGUGUGCAGAUUCACAUUAACAUGGACAGACCAUGGCCCCUCCAAAAGGGCUCAGCCCCGUGGCUUCAGAAGAGUUUGAAUAAACAUGGAAAUUUCCUCUA